CUCCUAUUAUCUAAUCGCCCGCCAUGUCGAAAAUGCUGGCUGCUGGCAGCCUCAGAAAUGUCUGCCCUGGCUGCAGGGCCCGCGUUUCGACCUUGUCAGUCCGUCGUAUUUCCUCUCACACCACCUUCGUAUCCCCCUCGGUCGCUUCUCGUCGCGGAAACCAGAUCCUCCCCCUUUCCGCAACAACGACAGCGACUCGCGCCCAGACGCUACGGACAUUCCACACAUCACCGAGGUCUCUGCACGACCCUGUGGGAAGCAAACAGGCACCUCCCGAUCCAGCGUCAUCUUCAGGUCAACCAGCGACGCAAGGCGACAGCGUCGUCUCCGACAUCGAGACCGUCGUCCACGAGGCUCGGCAGCGGUUUCGAGACACCCUCCCGAAGGACUACCUCUCAAAAGAAGAAUAUGAACUCUACGUGCGACUCUAUGGACAUCCAUUGAGGACGACGACGCCCGAAGAUGUCGGAAUGCCUUUUCUCGGUGUCGAUGACACCCCGUCCAGCUCCGCUCGAAAGAACCCAGGAGACCCUGUGCUUCUCCGAGAAAUCGAAGGCGGGGAAUUUGAAGAGAUUACAUAUGUCAGGGAGACGGUCACGUCGGAAAACGAUGCGACGCAGUCGGCGGCGACGGACGAAGACACGACCCAAACCAACCCACCGCAGCCGAACGAGGACUCGCUGUCGGACGCUCAGGUGGAAUAUAUCAGUGCUAUCGCGCGGAACCAGAGAGAAUACGAUGCGCUCAUCCAACUACGAAAAGACUUUGAGGCUGCCAACUUGGAAGCCUUGCGAGAUGCGGAAGAAAGGGGACAAGAGAGCUUCUCGGGCAAGGUCCGUGCAGAGGUACGCGAGUCAAAUACGGGAACACCUGAGGCUGCGGUGCGAGAUGAGAUCGAACAGGAGAGGACCUUCGGGAAGCGAGUACAGUCCGCGGCGGCUGAGCAAUUCUUUGACCGUCUCGACCUCGACGAGGUGGAGGGUCACGAAGACGACCGGGCCACGACAAGUAGGACACAUCCCUACACUGUGGAAGGCCGAUUCUCGACCAACCCGCGCACCCUGUUUCUUCCCCAGACCACGUUCAGCGACCCCAUCGAUCAGCUCCUCGAACGGACAUCGAUCAAACACAUCAGGGAGGCAGCCGAAUCCUCCCUCGGCGGUCCCGGACUUCCCCAUUCGCCCGUAACACCGGCGUCGAAGCGGAACGUGCCGCAGCAGGGACUAGGUCUCCGAGCCAGCCAGCACAAAAUGACGCAGAUCGAAGCGGACGCCUUCAUCGCGGCGGUAUUACCGGGCGCAUACGCCGCGGCCAUGAGCACGCUCGUCGAAGUGAGGAAGCGGCUCGGCACCGACUGGCUGCGCAGCCUGCUCAAGCGGGGCGCCGGCCCGGGCCAGGGUCCCCGCGUGCUCGAUUUCGGCGGCGGCGGUGCCGGCCUCGCUGCGUGGCAAGACGUGGUGCAGGCCGAAUGGGACGCCAUGCGGGACGGCGGCGAUAAGCAGGCCAAUAAGGGCGCCGCCCCCCCCGGCAAGAAGACGGUGGUGAUCGGGUCCGAGAGCCUCCGGCACCGCGUCUCCCGGUUCCUGCACGACACCACCUUCCUCCCCCGGCUCCCGGAUUACCUCCACUCGAGCGAGACGGCGGACCAGCACCUGGACGCGCCGCAGACGCCGCAGCCGCGCAAGGUGUACGACGUGAUCGUGGCGUCGUACGUCCUCCUGCCGGUCAAGGAGGACCACCGGCGCAAGGCGGUCCUGAACCAGCUCUGGUCCCUGCUCUCGCCGAACGGGGGCGUCCUGGUCGUGAUCGAGAAGGCGCACCCGCGCGGGUUCGAGGCCGUCGCCGACGUGCGCGACAAGCUGCUCAGGGAGUACCUCGUCACGCCGGACAAGUCGGCCACCACGGGGCGGACGGCGCACGAGGCGAAGGAGAAGGAGGAGAACAUGGACCCGGCGUUCACAAGGGUGAAGGAACCGGGCAUGAUCGUGGCGCCGUGCACGAACCACCGGGCGUGCCCGAUGUACAAGACGCCCGGGAAGAGCGAAGGGCGGAAGGACAUCUGCUCGUUCCAGCAGCGGUUCGUGCGGCCGCGGUUCUUGCAGCAGGUGUUGGAGGCGAAGCACCGCAACCACGACGACGUCGAGUUUAGCUACGUGGCGAUCCGGCGCGGGGUCGAGGCGCCGGCGGACAUGUUGGUCGGGACCGAGGCGACGGAGAGGGCUUUUGCCGGGUACGGGGGCGAGGGCGAGGUCGAGGCCGAGGACGCGGACGGGGAAGCUGUUCGCCCGCCGCACAUGCUGUCGCUGCCGCGGCAGGUCCUGCCCCCGUUGAAGCGCAAGGGCCACGUGCAGCUGGAGGUGUGCACCCCCUCGGGCAAGAUCGAGCGGUGGACGGUGCCGAAGAGCCGUGGAAGGCUGGCGUACCACGACGCGCGCAAGGCGGCGUGGGGGGACCUGUGGGCGCUCGGGGCCAAGACGAGGGUGGAGCGCGGGUUAAGGCUGGGGCGUCCGACGGUGGAGGAUGACGGCGGGGUGAGGGCGAGGCAGGCGAGGGAGGCGAGGGAGGCGAAGGGGGGAAAGAAGAAGAGUAAGAAGGUGAACAUUGAUUAUGACGAGACGGGGAUCAAGGCGGUGCGGGGGGUGGAUGUGACGCCUGACAGACGGACGAAGGGGGGGAGGAAGGCGAGGCAGACGAGUUUGAUGGAGGAUUUGAUGGCGGAGGAGGAGAACAGAUAGGGGGGGCGGGGUGGUGUGGUGUAAGUCUACGGUCUACGAUGUCUACUGCUGUACAACCACCUGUAUAUUUUGCGUCUUAUGGAUAAGACGGCGCGUGUAAAAGAUCUACGGAGUUUAAGGAUACGAUACAAGGAUUGCCUCCCUUGUCUUGAGCCGUCUAUCAAGUCUCCCAAG